AUGUCAGAUAAGGCAGCUCAUGAACUUUUCAAUCAGUUCUCUACUGAUGACAAGUUACUUCUUCCGGAAUUCACGUCCAUUUUAGCGCCAUUUAAAUCGGAUAUCACUUCUGGCUCAUAUGCACUUCUCUACCUUGCUGCAGAUACCAACCAGAAGGGGUAUCUUACCGAGGAUGAUUGGCUCAAGUUUUGUCGUACCAUUACUUCUCCAGAUGGUGACUUCAAGCUCUUGUUCACCUUGAUGUCCGAAGGGAAAUCAACGGUGUCGUACGAACAAUGUAUCAACUAUCUUAACUCAUUGAACAAGGCCAUUGACCCCACGUAUCAGCAAAAGAAGGCUAAGGUUAACUGGUCGUAUUUCAACCAGUUCUUCCACCCAUACGGCAGCUUGGAGUACACCGACUUCAUCAGUUUAAUAAAUUACUUACCAGUGGCCAAAUUAAUUGGAAGUUUUGAAAUCACUGCUAAUAAAUCGGGCCUUAUCCUGAAGGAUGAGCUCUACCACUUGCUUACCACCAACUUGAACCAUAAAAUAAGUUCUAAAUUGAAGCACAACUUGAGCACUUUGCCAGAAUAUUUCCAAAAGGAUCAAUUCACCUUGUCCAACGUAUUGUUCAUUUACAAUACUUUAAACAAAUUGGACUUGAUCAACGAAGUUAUCGCUAACCAACCUCCUACUUCUAAGGAUAAGACUGAUAUCUUGAUUAAAAAAUCGGACUUGUAUAACCAUUUAAACGAUCAUUUAUUGAAAUCUUCGAACUUCAAGCCAAUAUCUAUCUUAGAAUUGGAUUUACUUUUCCAUUUGAUCAACAAAAAUGGUGAUCUAAUCCCUAGAAAGGAAUUGAUUUCAGUUUUGAAUCCAAAUUAUGAAAAUAACGAUUUAAUGUUGUUCAAUAUGUUUGACCACCCAGCAGCCCAACCAAUUCAAGAUGAUAACUUUUCACUUUGGCCCAUCUUCGAUUCUUUGUACUCAUUUUUCUUGGGUUCCAUUGCUGGAUGUAUUGGUGCUACUGUAGUUUAUCCAAUAGAUUUGGUGAAGACGAGAAUGCAAGCUCAAAGACACAAGGCUGCCUAUAAGAACAGUUUUGAUUGUUUCAAGAAAAUUGUAGCUAAUGAAGGUAUUAAGGGUCUUUACAGUGGUUUAGGUGCUCAAUUGGUUGGUGUUGCCCCAGAAAAGGCAAUCAAGUUAACUGUCAAUGACUUAAUUCGUAAGAUCGGUACCGAUGACGAUGGUAAGAUUACCAUGAAUUGGGAAAUCUUAGCUGGUAUGUGUGCUGGUGGAUGUCAAGUCAUCUUCACUAACCCCUUAGAAAUUGUUAAGAUUAGAUUACAAAUGCAAGGGAACCAAGCUCAAAAGCAAUUAGCCCCUGGUGAAAUUCCAUUAAAGAGAUUGACCGCAGGCAGAAUCAUCAAACAAUUGGGUAUCAAGGGUUUGUAUAAAGGUGCUACAGCUUGUUUACUUAGAGAUGUUCCCUUCUCAGCUAUUUAUUUCCCUACUUAUGCCAACUUGAAGAAGCACAUGUUCAACUUUGAUCCAAGUAAUCCAAAUUCAAAACAUAAAUUGGAUAGUUGGCAAUUAUUAGUUGCAGGUGCCAUGGCUGGUGCUCCAUCUGCAUUCUUUACCACUCCUGCUGAUGUUAUUAAGACUAGAUUACAAGUUGAAAGUAAAAAGGGUGACACCAAGUAUAAUGGUAUUGCACAUGCAGCAAGAGUCAUUUUGAAGGAAGAAGGUUUUGGAGCAUUUUUCAAGGGUUCCAUUGCCAGAGUCUUCAGAUCGUCACCUCAAUUCGGAUUUACUUUAGCAUCUUAUGAAUUAUUACAAAACUUGUUCCCAUUGCACCCACCAAUGUCGAGAGAGUCUAAUUUUAAGUCGAUCAGCGGAUACCCAGGGGUAUACAAUUUGACUAACGAUCAAGUCUAUUCACCAAAUGAAAGAAUGCUCUAUAUGAAUCCUGAAUUUUUCAAAACGACUACAAGCUCAAAUAAACUCAAUGAUUCAUUGGUCAAAUUACCUGCUGAAUAUAUCUACAAGUCGCAAGAUGCAAUUAAAUUAUUAUUAGAUAUAGAUUAUAAAUUUGGUAACUUCAAUUCUGAUAGUUACCAAAAAUUUAUAAAAAAGUAA